GAGAGCCCAUGGAAAAACGACUGGGAGAGGUUUGCUGGCUUUAUCACCUUUCGGGGAGAGGCAGGCUACGACAGCGGAGGAGUAGGUCGUGAGUGGAAUUCCUUGGUCUUGAAGUCUUUGGUGCUUCCAGAUGAUUGGCGGCCUGAGAGUUUGAAAUGCCUCCUGCUUGGCGAGUGCGUGAACUCUUCGACUCCGCAGUUCCUACUCGAGGCAUUGCCGUCGGGCGACGUCAUCCCCAUUUUGGGUAUCCAUCGCGAGUUGGCAAUCCGCGGAGCCAAGGAACGCGACCACGACGUCCUGCGGAAGUUGAUGGCUGAUGGGCGUGACCUGGCCGUUGACAUCAAACAGGAAUUUGACAAGGAAGGCUACCUUCGUGCUGGCCUAUCUGCACUCUCGAAGGUCUGGGGCCUUGCAAGACAGGAGGUGUCAAACGUGGCGGAUGAGGGUCUGGUAAACCUCUGGGCCUCGCGCGCACGGUGGGCCGUUGCACAAGCGAAGCAGGACUCUGGACGCGAAGGUUUCCUCAGGUAUUGGAUGGUCUCCGCGUAUACCGCAGGCCUAGGCAUCCUCAACCCAGGCAAACUACCGGUUCAGACCCUCGAGCAGUAUGGCUUUCUUGGCGAAUGGCUAGCGCGGGCGUAUGUGAUCGGUGACAAAGGGUUUGCACCUGCCGGCUUUCCGGACAUCUUCUACGAAGGCCUUCUCAAGGGCCACAUGGAGCAACCAAGCUCGGCUGAGACAUUCUACCAGGAGGAGGACACCAUCGCGGAAUGUGAAUGGCUGGCAAGUCUUCUUGGGAGGAGAAGCCCAACUGAAUUGGAGACGUACGGCUGGGCCAGCUGUAGUGAAGUCAAAGAUCCCGAGACGAAGAGGUACAUGGACGAAGGAUGCUACAAGCCCUUGUAUCGGGACGAGGGCAUGUGGGACGUUCUCUUUACCGAGUGGGGCACUUUAGCGCCCUUGGAUGCGAAAGUGGGCGAUGCUGUGCCGUUUGAUCGCGCGAAGGAGUACACACAGCUUCACUGUCGACGCACCUGGGAGACGCGCGUUCUGGAUCCUUUCAACCAGAUGAUUGCUGGCUUUCGCCGAGUUAUUCCCAGCACUAAGUUCUGGCGGAAGGUCACCGCUUUCCAGGAGUUGAAGAGGCUCGUGGAAGGGAAUCCCACGAUCAACUUGCGAGCCUUUUUGGAGGCAGCUAGAUUCGAAAACUUCUCCGAGAUGGAAAAGCAGCUGUUCUUUGCGGUCCUUGCCGAUCUCCAAGCUCAAGGCGUAGGUCUGCCUCCUAUGCAGCAGCCGCUCAACCAGUUAGUGCGCUUCUUUACUGGAUCCUACAAGGAUCCCGUGAGAGGGUGGCACAGUGCUGACCCUGAAGUGAGGAAGAUCGCCCAGGAGAAAGACCAGAAGUGCGCCCCCCUGGCCGCUCACACUUGCUACUCCAUGCUCGACGUCCCUGAAAACUGUCUGAAAGAUCGCAAAGUGCUGGAGGAGAUCAUUCUCGAGUCUAUUGCUACAGAGGACUUCGGCAUGGCAUGA